AUGUACGAUGUCGCUUCACGGUUUUUGUGGAGAAAUGUCAAUCUUAGGACGAAAUCGGCCCAACCCGCGCGAUUCAGCAGCGCCAUUCGGGUAUUGAUGGAUCGUAGACGACACCACGCUUCUUGCGUGCAAAGUUUAAGAAUAUCGUCUUCUAGCACAAGUAAAUUUGGAUCACGAGGAACAAGUCCUACUGCUAGUCCGGUAUCUCCGAUAGGGCCGACGGAUGCGUCAGCUAGAUAUCUUACGGAACUCUGUACACGAUUUCGAGCGCAGGUCGUCGACGUCCUUCCUCGACUUAUGAAUCUUAAAAGUUUCGAGUGGUCUACGAGCGUCCAUAUUGAUACUGCUAUUCUGUUUGCCCUUCGACGGCACCCGACGCUUCGCAAGCUCGAUUUAUGCCCAGGAUCGGAUCAAUCAUGGUAUUCUCCGCCGCUGAUAGACGAAUCCAGUCAAUUCUCGCUUCAGAUGCUCGCUGGUAACAGACUAAAGUCUUUGGCUCUUACUAUCCCUAAUUUGUUUUCCGAGAAAUGUUGGAUAUUUGAGUCGUAUCAGGAGAUCUCGAAUAUAUGCUGGGACUUAACGGAACUAUUGCGUAAUGCUCCAUCACUAAAUGAUUUAUCCUUAAGGAUGCGUCCGGUCUAUAACCCCGCUACCGCCGCGGCACCGCUGCUUUUUACUGCGAAUGGGGCUCAACUGGCGGCCGCGACUAAAACGCAACAGGACUAUGAGACCGACCUCUUACAUGAGAUACACGAGUUGAUCGAUGCGCAUAGAAGCAAUUUUUGUUUCCGUGUUACCGGAUUAGAUGCAGAUGGCAUGUGGGAUUUUUUCGAAAAGGGUCAUACCCUUCCACGGGUUACAUCCCUAACAAUUCUGGACUCACCCUCAAACGGAAGGUUCAACAAGUAUUCGACCCUGAGGAGUAUGGAUCCCGACACUGUCACCAAUGAUUUCAUGUCUGGUGAAAGGGUUUUAUACGAUUACGAGUAUAGAUCCAACGGUAAACUGUUGAUACGAGACUGCAGCCACCUCCAACUUGCACUACUCAAGAAGUACCGCAAAGAGCUCACCGAACUCGACAUUGAAUUUCCCAAUGUGGAUAUCAAACUGGUCAUGCUACCCAAACUGGUGAAACUACGCACAGGCAUAUGCACCACCCCGGGGAUCGAAUGGGAGGUCAGCAAGAUCAACGAAAUCCCCAAAAGGUGUAAAUAUCUAAGACACCUGGAGCUUCAUGUCCCGUGGGAUUGGAGGUACUGGAGAUUAUUAUGGCGUCAGCGAGACAAUCCAGCGUUCGAAAAACUCCUCCAAGGCUACCACGCUUUAAAAGUCCUUCACGUCUCCGCCGUACGUCCCUUCGAGUAUGUCAAUUCCAUGUCGAUUCCUCUGGACCGGGAGGCCAAUGCCGCAAAAUUACAAGCAAUGAGGGCCAAGGACGUUUUUCCAUCUUCUAAGUUUGUACCCUGGCUCCUGAGAUCAUAUCCUUGCCUAGAAGCUCUGCAAGUUGGCGGAGGUACACCCGUAGUGGUUAAUUCUGGGGUGAGAAUGAGUAUGGAGAGGUUGGUGUACGCCCUCGAUGCCUUCAAAGUUUCGCAGACGGCUUGGGAGCCUAUCGAGGGCGUUUUCCUAUAA